AUGGACAAGAUCACGGAUCGCAUCGCUGCUCUGCCAGCUGAUGGCACAUACUUCUCUCUCGAAUUCUUCCCGCCCAAGACCGCCAUGGGCUUCUCCAACUUGCGAGACCGUCUUCACCGAAUGGAGCGUGCCCUCCGACCACUUUUUGUGAAUGUCACCUGGGGUGCGGGCGGCAGUACAUCCCAAAAAUCGCUUGAAUUGGCCGAGCUGUGUCAGAGAGAGGUCGGGCUUACAACUUGCCUGCACCUAACAUGCACCAAUAUGAGCAAGAAAUUGAUCGACGAGGCGCUUUCAGACGCGAAGGCACUGGGAAUCAGGAAUAUUUUGGCCCUCCGAGGUGAUCCCCCACGAAGAGAAGAAUACCGCGACCCAGAAGAUUCAGAAGAUGAUGGAGGCCAGGACUUCAACUGGGCUAUUGAUCUGGUCAGAUAUAUCCGCAAGACACAUGGAGACUACUUCUGUAUUGGUGUUGCUGCCUACCCCGAGGGACAUGCCGAAGAGAGCCAUCCUCUCGGACAAAGCUUGGAGCAUGAUCUCCCUUACCUCGUGCAAAAAGUGCAGGCUGGUGCCGACUUCAUCCAAACCCAGCUUUUCUUCGACAUCGAAGCAUACGAUCACUUCGAGACCACAUUAAGGGAACACCCCAGCGGCGCCUUCAAGGGCAUUCCCAUCAUUCCAGGACUCAUGCCAAUCCAGAGCUACCAGAUGAUCAAGCGCACGACCAAGCUGAGCCAUGCCAAAAUUCCAGACCAUCUCCUCUCACGCCUCGACGCUGUCAAAGGUGAUGAUGAACGGGUAAAGAUGGUCGGGGUGGAUAUCGUCAGUGAAUUGGUAGACAAAAUCAAGGACAUCAAGUCCAAGACACCAGGUCCAAAAGGCUUCCACUUUUACACGCUCAACCUGGAGAAGGCCGUAUCUUUCAUUCUGGAGCGGGCGAAUCUCAUCCCUGACCCUCCAGAGAACGAAGAAGCCAUCGCAGUGGACGAACUUGCCAUUCCCUCGCUACAGAUCAAUGGCAGCGCCAACAUGCGUUCUAGCAGCCACUCCCGCUCCCGGCAGUCAAGAAGACAUUCUUCUGUUGCCUCAGACCCCCACAACCGUGUGAUUGUUGGUGAUAGGCCAGCGAUAUAUCCCGAGUGGGAGGCUACUGGACAGGAGGCCGGUGUGCGUGCCGAAGCAAUCAAUACCCGUGCAAACACUCUCGCCAUUUCGGAGGGCGAAGGCGUUUUGGGGCGCGAGGCGACGUGGGAUGAUUUUCCCAACGGUCGUUUUGGUGACGCCCGAUCCCCCGCCUAUGGUGAGAUUGACGGAUACGGCGUAAGCCUCCAUAUGUCUGUAACACAGGCUGUCAAGCUUUGGGGUUACCCCAAGACACGGCAGGAUAUCAACGACCUGUUCGUCAAGCAUAUUCAGGGAGAGCUCUCCGCCAUCCCUUGGAGUGAGGAGGAGCUUCGGGCUGAGAGUUCAACCAUUCAACCUAACCUCCUGCAACUUAACCGCAAGGGCUGGUGGACUGUCGCCUCCCAGCCUGCCGUCAACGGCUUGCGAUCCAGCGACGGCACCUUUGGCUGGGGUCCACCCAACGGCUUUGUCUUUCAGAAGUCGUUCGUCGAAUUCUUCAUCCCCGCCAACGAAUGGGACACUCUCAAGGCUAGGCUUACGUCGCCGGAGCUGCAAGACUCUGUAUGCUUCUACGCCAGCAAUGCACGCGGAGAUUAUCUCUCAUCGGACAGCAGCGAUCACGUGAACGGUUCGACGGAAGCCGGUCCGUCUACAAAUGCCGUGACAUGGGGUGUGUUCCCCGGAAAGGAGAUCAUCACGCCUACUAUUAUUGAGGAGGUUAGUUUCCGAGCUUGGAGCGAGGAGGCUUUUGGAAUCUGGGGUGAAUGGGCCAAGGUUUACGGUCGGGGUUCUGAGAGUGAGAAACUUUUGAGCGGCAUCAAGGAUGAUUAUUGGCUGGUCAACGUGAUUCAUCAUGAUUUUGUGGAAAGAGAUGCCUUGUGGCAGCUUCUGUUAAGUUGA